UUGAGAUAUCUAAUGAAUUCCUAGAGCUAGGGACUUAACCAAUUUGACUAUUUGAGGACUGAGAUAAAAGAGACAUAAGAGACUUUUCCAAGAAAUAAUGGAGAGAGAUAGACACCAUGUAGGUAUACUGGUGGCAUAGACAACCUUUUUCUAUAUAUAUAUAUAUAUAUAUAUAAAUCUGGUCAAGGGUGAUGCAUGCUUCUCAUUCCCUUUGUUUAAUGACCAUUCUCUUACAAGAAGCUUGAUCAUUCCUCUCUCUCUCUCUCACGCAAAAGAGCAGUCAAGGCUCACCAUUCAAAUCCGGAAUUGGAAUUAACUAAAAUUCACAUGUACCGUACCCUCCCAUCUACCAAUACCAUUCACAAGUAUAAGCUUAGGAGGUGGAGCUUUCGUUUCUUCCGGCGAAAGGAAGGGGGAGGGUUCCCUAUCUAGUUACUUCCUUUGCUUCAAUAGUUUCUUCCCUUUGUUUCUUUCUAGGCAGGCAUGCACACCCCAGAUCCCCAAGUUGCGCUCUAAUGGAUUAUAGUCUCUCUCUCUCUCUCUCUCUCUCUCUCUCUCUCUACACUCAAAACCAUGAAGCAGCCCCAGAAUCUGACCCACUAGAAGAUUUUUCACAUCUACAUUUCCACUUAUUUUGUAUUUCUUUCUCUCAGUCCUGAAGAAAUCAAAGCAGACUAGCAAAGCAAAAGGUCUCAAAUCCAGGCCUACACAUACUUUCUUCUUCUUCCGCCAUGACCACCAAUGGGCUCACAGAAACUGAGAAUAGACCCAGCAAGCCCUUCAAACAACGCAGUUCCUCUUCCAUCUCUCUCUACUCACAUAAGAUCUCUCUAUUCAUUCUCAUCUCCUGUGUCAUCAUCUUUAUUUUCCUCCAAACCCAUACUUUAAUACAAUCCAUACAAUUAUACUCUUCCCCAUCCUUCCCUUCUUCAUCAUCAUCAUGGGCUUUCCUACGCAACUUCAACAACUGCUCUGUCGAGCUUAGUGCCAUGGUUACCAAGUUACGUGACUCAGUCACGUUCCUCCCACUCAAGGACCUAAGGUACACAAACACUGCCUUACAAGGCCACACAUGGUUCAUGAGCUCCAUGUACGACACUCACGAGGAAAACGAGGUACAGUACCAACACUUCCCUUCUGAGGCUUCCAAAGGAAGACUACUCUGCAUAUUGGGUCACGACACACACGAUGGCUCAUGGAACUCUUACGCCUUGGCAUGGCCAGAAGCACUACCCCACAAUGCCACUCUCUUGAAGGGUCUCACCUUCAUCUCCUACAACCAUUACAACUAUGAUAACAUUUGGCAUGGCUUAUCAGCGGUUUUUCCAUUUGUGGCGUGGCACAGGAGGAUUGGUUCUUGUAGAGUCCCCAACCGUUGGAUUCUGUACCACUGGGGUGAGCUACGGAGUAAGAUGGGCUCCUGGUUGGGGUAUCUCAUGGAGGCAACCUUUGGUGGGGCCCUUAACAUUGAAGUGUUUGAUGGGAUCGAAGGGCCUGCUUGCUUCGAAGAGGCAGUCGUGAUGAGACACAAUGAGGGUGGGAUGUCUAGGGAAAGGAGGAUGGAGGUGUAUGAUAUGUUGAGGUGUAAGGCAAGGGUGUCCUGUAAUGUGAGUCUUGAGGGUAGGGUUGCUGAUGUUAACGAGAAGGGAGUGCCGGUUAUGGGGCUGACACUGUUCAUGAGGACUGGGGCCAGAUCCUUCAGGAAUGACUCUGCUGUGAUUGAGAUCUUCCGGGGAGAAUGCCUCAAGGUUGAAGGUUGCAGGGUCAAUGUUGCUUACGCCAAUAAUCUCAGCUUCUGUGACCAGGUAAGAUUGAUGAGCUAUACAGACAUACUGGUGUCUCCACACGGGGCCCAGUUAACGAACAUGUUCUUCAUGGAUAGGAACAGCAGUGUAAUGGAGUUCUUCCCGAAAGGGUGGCUGAAACUAGCUGGAGUAGGGCAGUAUGUGUACCACUGGAUUGCGAGCUGGUCAGGGAUGAGACAUAGGGGUGCAUGGAGGGACCCCAAAGGCGAUGAAUGCCCCUACCCUGAAAACGAUCGCCGCUGCAUGUCCAUCUACAAGGGUGGCAAGAUCGGCCUUAAUGAGACCUUCUUUGGGGAGUGGGUGAGGGAUGUACUCCAUGACGUCAAGCACAGCAGGAUGGACGAAGCUUCAAAUUCGCACAUCAAACAGCGUUUGAGAUCCACCGGCUGUGCCUGUGAUUAAUUAAUUAAUUAAUUAAUUAAAUAAAAGUUGUUACCUAGUUUCAAAGGUAAUUCUAAUAUUCCUGAUUGAUUCUUGGCCUUUUAUGCUUCUCUGUUGUUAUUACUUGUAACCAAAAGGUUUCUCAAUCUAACAACCCCACCUUUUCAUGGAAUCCAUAAAAUACAAGUAAACGGCGUUUUAUUUUUUAUUU